GCAGCACUAGCACUGGUACCAGCAACCUUCACGAGCUGCGUGGUGAGGUUGACCAGGACUCCUUCCGGAUCCUGAAAUAAGGCCACCGCUCGUUUCCUCUCCACCUCCCUCCUCCUUCACUCCCUCCCCUUGCGUUUAGCCUCCCGCUGUUGUGGAGCCGCGGGCCAUUCCCAACCAUCGUUGCGGUGGUGGCCGGUAUUGGCCGAGACCCAUGGGCAUCCAGGUCGCGGCGGUCGUGAUCCCGCCGCCCUGCUCUUCUCCUUCCUCCUCCUCCUCCUCUCCGGCGUCGCCUUCGUCCUCGGCCAUUGCCACGUCGCCGCAGCAUGCCGUUCUUGGCGCCAGGCUGGCGAGGAGCCAGUCGUCGCUGGCUUGCUGGAACGCCGCCGGUCUCGGCCGGCGGCGCGGCGGGGAGCACACGAUCAGGCGCGCUCUCAGCGCGAGCAUCGACAGCGUCGGGAGCGACGGCGGGGACGACGAGGAGUUCUCGAGGAGGAUCCAGGAGCUCGCGGUGGGUCAGCACCCGGGCGCCGGCGGCUGCGGGUGGCCGGCGAGCGUGGAGCGGAGCGCGAGCAGCGUCGGGCUGCCGCUGUCCCUGCGGAUGCUCAAACGGAGGAAGCAGCAGCAGCUGGAGCAGGGGCGGUGGGACGAGCGGCUGGUCGACAGCGCCGGCGAGUCCGCGCGCGCCGCGGUGGGGCGCGCCUUCUCCUCGAUGGUGCUCAUCAUCCGGGAGCUCCAGAGCUUCACGCUGCAGAUGCGGGAGACGCUCUUGUACGAGGACCUGCAGGGCGUCCUGGCGCGCGUCCACGCCGAGAUGCACGCCUCCUUCGUCUGGCUCUUCCAGCACAUCUUCUCCGGCACCCCGGCCCUUAUGGUCUCCCUCAUGCUGCUCCUCGCCAACUUCACCGUCUACUCCAUGGGCGACAGCGUCGCGGCCGCUGCCAGCCUCCUCCCACCGCACGCAGCCGUGGCGGCUGUGGAGAUGGUGGACACCCAGCAACCGGAGCAAUCCCAUUCCCAGCAGCAGCGGUUCGACACCCCCGCGCUCAAGACGUUCUCCACUGGCCGCACGGCCUCGGUGGGCGGAAACGGCGGCGGGGGCGGCAAGGUGCGGCCGGUUGCCGGCGCCACGGGCGACGGCCAGUCGGACGAGUCGUCGUCGUACCGACAAAGCGGAGCUGUGCUGCCGCAGGACGUGUCGCAGGCGACGCCCCUGGGCGCGGGCGCGGGCGCGGGGUCGGAGGCGUCCGUGUCCGACUCAAUGGCCGUGGAGGAGGCACAGCAGACUGUACAGGACGAGCUGGUCAUCUGGAAACGGAUAUCCGACGAAGCCAUCAGGAUGCAGGCGAGCGUGCGUGCAGAGGAGCUGAUGGACCCGGAAAUCCUGGAGCAGCUCGUCGCGCCCGUGGAGGCACCGAAGCCAGACGUGGCCUAUCCGUCGGAGGAGCACGUGGCCACGGCGCAGAGAUACGAGCAGGCCGUGUCCGAGGAGCCCAACAGCUCGCUGCUCCUGGCGAACUUUGCGCAGUUCCUGUACCAGGUGCAGGGCGACCUCGACAGGGCGGAGCACUUCUUCAGGAGGGCGGUGCGCGCGGAGCCGGCGGACGCGGAGGCGCUGGGGCGGUACGCGGCGUUCCUGUGGCAGGCGCGCAACGACCUCGCGGCCGCGGAGGAGACGUACCAGGAGGCCAUCGCCGCCGACCCCGGCAACGCGCACCACGCGGCAGCCUACGCGCACUUCCUGUGGAACACGGGCGGUGAGGACACAUGCUACCCGCUCGACUGAUGCAUGCGACGCCGCUACCGUCCAGCACAGUUCAUCGGUGCCUCCCAUAGAAAAAACUGAAACAAAAAAGAAAGAGAAAAGAACACUCCGCCGCUCCACUGCCUCGGCAAGUCCACGCUCUUUCUCACGGCAUGUGCUUGAGCGGCCACCCGGGGCAGCAGUACUAGACUACAAGUGAAGCUGAAGCUUAUACACUUCGCGUUACAGGAACCGUUGGUUCGCUUUAGUGUCUAGUCUAGGCAUGUUCUUUCUCUUCCCUGUGGUUGCUCGUUCUGGGCAAUGGCCGACGGAAAUCCGCGGCUCGCUGCUGCUUCCCGAUCCGGAAACCCGGCGACUGCGAGUUGAGAGCCCGGCCGGGAACGGCGGCAACGCUCGGUUGUCGGUGGGCCCGUCUGUCCACUUGGCGUCGCAUGGAUGUUUUCUACUGGCACUUUUGCACGGUAUGCCGCUUUGUUCAGUGGAGCAGAAAAGUAUAUAUAUAUAUACUUAUAUACUAGCAGCAAAUUGCUUCUUGUAAAUGUGCAGAUCAAUAAACUCUAUAAGAAGCCCUCCAUUUUUUUUUCA